GGGAUCGGGAGGUCAACUCUCUCUGUCUCUCUAUGAGGAUCACACUCUCCUUCGUGCUUGAGCCUUCAGGUCGGGAAGGGAUUAGGAUAUGUAUUACCCGAUCCGGAUAUAUUGAUAUUGCCCACCAUUUUUCUCUUUUACCAUGUAAGGACGUAUCGAUAAUAGUGUGUAUCACUCACAAGUCACAACACAAGUCAAAAGACUCAAAACCCGGCUAAAACCCUUCUCUUGCCUGAUCGGCGCACUUCAAAUCCCCCAUCUUUAACAUCUCUCUCUUUUGUCUAAACUAAAAAUUCAGUUGGAGAGAGAGAAUUCAACUGUUGGAGGAGAUGUUUCAGGCCAGAUUGGUUACUACGAUUCUCCGAAGAAACAAAGCCCUAAAUUUCUUCUCUCACGUCAAGGACGCAUCUAGAGUUUCAAAUGAAUCCUCCCAUGUCUCCCCCAAAUUCUUCUCUAGAUCUUCCGGCUAUUCGUUUAGCGGGAGGAGCUACUUCCAUGUCUUUAGAUCCGUAAAAAAGGGGUUUUCUUGUCCAUCUUCAAGGAAUAUGUGCACUACUGCAUCUAUUGGACCAUCGAAUGAGGGGUUGAAAAUGCUAGUUACUGCAGGACCUCAUGCUCAAAAAAUGGUUGGAAUAUGGCUUUUCGGUUCUGCUGCAUGGGUUUUCAGUAUGGUGAUACUUGGUGGUAUUACACGACUUACAAGAUCUGGUCUAUCCAUGACUGACUGGAAAUUUACUGGGAGACUUCCUCCUCUAUCAGAGGAAGAAUGGUUGGUUGAAUUUGAGAAAUACAAGCAGUCUCCUGAAUACAAGCGUGUUAACAAAGGGUUGAGUGUUGACGAUUUCAAAUUCAUAUAUUGGAUGGAAUAUGCUCACCGGAUGUGGGGAAGGGGACUGGGUGUCAUGUUUGCCCUUCCAUUAACUUAUUUUCUUCGUAAGGGAUGGAUUACAUUCAGACUUGGAUUGAGACUUUCUGCUCUUUUUGCACUUGGUGCUGGGCAAGGUUUUGUUGGCUGGUGGAUGGUAAAAAGUGGUUUAGAGGAGCCCGUAUCUGAAUAUGUUCAGCCUAGAGUAAGUCCUUACCGUCUUGCAGCUCAUUUGACAUCGGCAUUUGCCAUAUAUUGUGGCCUUCUGUGGACCGGUCUUUCUGUUGUCAUGCCUGAUCCACCUACUGGUUCCCUAGCUUGGGUUCAUGGAGCAGCCAAAAUUCGGAAGUUGGCUCUUCCUCUAAGUGUCCUUGUUGGUAUUACUGCCAUUUCAGGAGCAUUUGUCGCAGGCAAUGAUGCGGGCCAUGCUUAUAAUACAUUUCCAAAAAUGGGUGAUGCAUGGAUUCCAGAUGAUAUCUUCAGCAUGGAGCCACUAUUCUGCAACUUCUUUGAGAAUACAUCAACUGUACAGCUUGAUCACCGAAUUCUUGCAACUGCAACUUUGCUUUCAAUCAGCGGCUUGUGGUGGACCACAAGAAAAUUGGACAUGCAUCCUGCAGUACGAUCUUUAAUUGGGAGUACUAUGGGCAUGGCAGCUCUUCAGGUCACCUUGGGGAUAACAACACUUCUCUCAUAUGUUCCAGUUUCGCUUGGCACUGCACAUCAAGCUGGAGCAUUAACUCUGUUGACGUUUAUUAUUCUCUUAACCCACACAGUGAGGAGGCCUUCACCAAUGCUCCUAAAAUCCCUGGGUUCAAUCCCAAGGGCACCCUGAUACCAUCGGCUCUGUUUUAAUGGUAGUUGAGCAUCUUUAUUACUAUUGUCGAUUAGCUAACCUAAUUACUCUCAAGUGGGAAUUCCUUAUUGCCAUUUACAGGAAAGAGGAUAGCCUGGGAACUUCAAACUGUAUCAUGAAAGAUCAGAAUAAAGUUCUCUUGCUAAGGAGAAUAAAGACUACUGCCCAUGAGCCCAUCCACCGGCACAAAAGAAUAUUUUUGAUUUUGUAAUUUUUCAAUUGAUUAGACUGAAUGCAAUGGAGCUGAUAGGUUUAAUUUUACCCAGCUGAAUUUCAUUUUGCAAUAAUGCAUUGAGUUUAACCAUUAUUUAGAACUUUCAUAUAAAGAGAUCAUUUGUCGAAAGAAGCUUAUUCAUUUUUCCUUUGCACCAAGUAAUUGUAUAUUAAACUUAAAGUCAGUAUUUCUUGUGACCUUAUGUUUGAAGUUGAGUGGUAUGCUUGGUUGGAAUGAAGGAUCAAAAUUCGGGGCG